AGACAGCGGCAGAAAGUGCCACGACUCCAUACGGCGGCGGCGGUGAGUAGGGACCGCAACCCGGCACGGGCACAGAAGAGCGAGGCAGGAUGGAUGUGUACGACCCUCAGACUCUGGGUGUUAUGGUCUUUGGAGGCUUCAUGGUGAUCUCAGCCAUUGGGAUCUUCCUAGUGUCCACUUUCUCCAUGAAGGAGACAUCUUACGAGGAAGCCUUGGCCAAGCAACGCAAGGAGCUUGAGAAAACCCAGCAGCAGAAAUUAGAGAAAAAGAAGAAAGAGAAACCAUUUGAGAAAAAAGGAAAAGCAAAGAAAAAGGAAGAGAAACCUAAUGGAAAGAUCCCAGAGCAGCAGCUUACUCAGGAAGUGACGGACCCUCCCAAGGAGGUGGUUCCUGAGCCUGCUGUGGUUCCUGAGCCUGUAACAGUCGAAACUCCAAUUGCAGCAGUGGCAGUUGUCCCCCAGGAGAAGGAGAAACCUGUUCCAUCACCUAAGGAGAAGAGGAAGAAGGAGAAGAAGGUGGCAAAGGUAGAGCCUGCUCCUAGCCCGGUGUUGGCUCCACCCCCUGUCAGCAUCCCCAAAAGUUCUCCUGUCCGGGAGGUGGCCCCUAAGGAGGUGCCUAUUAUGGCAGUGCCCCCAGUUGGCACUCAUCAAAGUGCUCCAGUCAUCACCUCUGUUGCUGUCAGGAAAACUGAGGCUCUUCCUGCCCAGGAAGAUCAGAAACAUGAUGGACCUGCCAAGAAAAAGGCUUCAUCCAAGAAAAAGAGUGAGCCAGAAGUCAUAAUCCCACCUCUCUCCUCCCUAGCACCUACGGAUUCAGAUGGGGCCCUGUACCUGCCCUACAAGACACUUGUGUCCACAGUCAGCAGCAUGGUGUUCAGUGAGGGGGAGGCCCAGCAGCUCAUCGAGAUCCUGACAGAGAAAGCAGGAAUCAUCCAGGACACGUGGCACACGGCCACGCAGAAAGGUGACCCAGUUGCUGUCCUGAAACGCCAGCUGGAGGAGAAGGAGAAGCAGCUCUCUGCCGAGCAGGAGGAUUCAGCUGCUGCCAGGAACAAACUGCGGGAGCUGAGCAAGGAGCUGGCAGCUGAGCGGACCAAGGCAGUGGCUGUGGAGGGCAAGCUGAAGGAGCAGCUGCUGGCUCGCGAGCGGGAGAUCGUGGCAGUGCAGGCACGGAUGCAGGCCAGCUACCAGGACCAUGUCAGUGAGACCCAGCAACUCCAGGGCAAGAUCCGGACCCUGCAGGAACAGCUGGAGAAUGGCCCCAACACGCAGCUGGCUCGCCUGCAGCAGGAGAACUCCAUCCUGAGGGAUGCCCUCAACCAGGCUACCAGCCAGAUGGAAAGCAAGCAAAAUGCUGAGCUGGCCAAGUUGAGGCAGGAGUGCAGCAAGCUGAUGAAAGAGCUGUCUGAGAAGUCGGAGGUGCUGCAGCAAGAGGAGCAGCAGAGGAAGAGCUGGGAGAUCAAAGCAGCAGCCUCGGAGAAGCGAAUUGAGCAGCUGCAGGCUUACCAACGGGAGGCAGAGGCGAUGCUGCAGAAGAGGCUGGAUGAGGUCAGUGACGAGCUCCGCAAAACCCAGAGCAGCUACAAGAGCCUGUUGGCAGAUGCAGAAAAGACCAAAGGGCAGCAGCAGAGCAUUGCUGAACUGCAGGCCAAGCUGCUGAGCUCCGAGGCGGAGGUUAAAAGUAAGCUGCUGGAGUUGGACAGUGUGAAAGGGAAACUGCAGGAUGCCAGCUCGGAGAAUACAAAGCUUCUGGAGAGGAUCAAGUCCAUUGAAGCUCUGCUGGAGGCAGGGCAGAUGCGGGAGGCAGAAAAAGACAGAGACCUGCAGGCAGCCAAUGAAGCAGAAAUGAAGCAGCUGCAGUCAAGACUCCAGGAGAAGACAAACCAGCUCUCAGCCUUGGAAAGGGAGGCUACACAACUGCGGGAGGCAGUGGAACAACAGAAGGUGAAAAACAACGACCUUCGGGAAAAAAACUGGAAGGCAAUGGAAGCGCUGACCACAGUGGAGAAGGCGUGUGAGGAAAAACUGCUUGUUGCUACAAAAGCAAAGGAAGAGCUGGCCCAACAGCUGGACUCGCUCUGCACGCAAACCAAGCAGACACUGCUCUCUGCCCUCCCAGGAGUAACCAUGUCCUCACAGCAGGAUUAUGACAUGUGGCUACAGGAGUUUAAGGAGAAGACUCUGUGUGUGCUAAAGCAGCAGAUGAUCACAACAGAGCCACCAGAUUCAACUCUUAAAUUAAAAGAGGCAGAGGAAGCGCAAAGCACUUUACAAGCAGAAUGUGAGCAGUACAGAACGAUCCUCGCAGAGACAGAAGGGAUGCUGCGAAACCUGCAGAGGAGCGUGGAGGAGGAGGAGCAGGUGUGGAAGGCAAAGCUCACAGCGUCUGAAGAGGAGCUCAAAAAGUCACACCUGCAGCUGAAAUCCCUGGAAGGUGUGGUGGAGAAGUUGAAAGCAGAUCUGCAAAGCACAGAUCAGCUAAAGGAAUACACCUCUCUUCUGGAAACACAACUGGAAAAUCACUUGGAGACAGCCAGCUCCGAGCGCCAGAACUACACAAAAGAAGUUGGAGCUUUGAGGCAGCUCUUGUCAGAGACUCAGGAGCAGCUGGAGGCAGCAAAGACUGAAACGCAGAAGCAGAGCAAGGAGUUGGCCCUGUUGAAAACCCAGCUGGAGCAGAACGAAACACUGGCAGAGAAGGAGCAAAUGCUGCGGCAAAAGCUGGCACGAGAGCUGGAGGAGGCCCAGAGCUUAGCACGCAGCUUGCAGGCAGAGCUGGAAAAGCUGAGACUGGCUGAACAUGCAGCAGCUUCAGACAAGGAGGAGGCCCAGCAUCUCAAGGGGAAAGAGGACAGUUCAAAGGAAGGAACUUCAGUUUGACGAGUCUUCACCCUGGACCUUACAGUUAACUUACCAAAAUGCCUUACACAUUCCUAAAAAUAAAAAUUUAUGCUAAAUUUACUGUAGAUAAAAAAUACAAGCCAUUAGUAACCCAAAACAUAGUUUUGAAACUUAAAAGAAAACAUUAAAAAAAAAAACCAACCAAAAACCAACCAGUAAACACUGCAGUUUGUAAGAAAAUCUUCAUACUGUUUUGUACAACUCUUCAUAUCCUGAGAAGCUGCUGUGGCCACGCCGGGCACGUGCUGGGGCUUCACCCUCCUCUUCCAGCAGAACCCACCAAUGUGUGAAAAGGGAAGACUGUGUUUGUACAUCAACCAGUGCAAUUAUAAUUAUACUUUUUUUUCCUUUUUCUUUUUUUUUUUUUUUUUUUUUUUUGAGUGAAAGGAGUGUGAAAGUAAGACCUACCAUGGGAGGAUGCCUCUUGGAUGGGUGGCUCUUCGCACGUGUCUGGGUGUUGAUGCAAUUAAAAUGAUGUAGUGAAGAGA